UUUUAAUGAUGCUUUCUUCAAUGCUUUUGAUUGGCUGCAGUUAAUUUUUUUUCUUGUUUCAUUUUGUUAAAGUUGUUUCUAAAUAAUUUGAUUAUUUUAAUCCUUAGUUACGUUUUUCGUUUUCAUCAGAAAAUAGGCUCCUGCUCCUGCUUCUGCCCUCCUUUUUUUAAGUUAAUUAAUUGAAAGCGGAGUGAAUCUUUUACAAUUAUCGGACUUUAUUCUGUGAUGGGGAUAAUGGAAUCUUGGUUUUAGAAUUUCUGGACUUUUGGGGUGGGGAUGGGGGGUGAGCUGGAAUAUGCUUCUGUUCUGAUCAAUGACAAAUUGACAAUGAUCAUGAUAAACUUAUUUGGAAGUUGUUUGCAUCUUUUGGGUUUCCUCUCUUUUCGGAGAUUUUUAUUUGUGGUGAUCUUGUAGGCAGGAUUUGAAGUUUCGUGAUGAAGAAAAUUUCCAAGAGCAGCUGCAAGUCAGCAUCACACAGGCUCUUCAAGGACAAGGCAAGGAACCGUGUUGAUGAUUUGCAGGUGAUGUUAUUGGAUCUGCAGUUUGCCAGGAAGGAAAGCCGUACAGUUGAUGCUGCACUUCUUGAGGAGCAAGUCCAUCAGAUGCUUCGCGAAUGGAAGGCCGAGCUCAAUGAGCCAUCUCCUGCUUCUUCUUUGCAGCAAGGAGGCAGUCUUGGAUCAUUCUCGACGGAUAUCUGUAGGCUAUUGCAGCUAUGUGAGGAGGAAGAUGAUGCCACUAGUUCAUUAGUUGCACCUAAGCCUGAACCUAAUGAUCAGACUCUGCAGGCUGGGGCUAAGGUGAUAUUCCAAGAUGGUUUUACUGUAAAUCAGGGCCAACAUCAACAGGAUUUCCUAUUACUUAAUGAAUGCAAACACUCCAUUGUAGGAGUUCCCAAUGUGGCAGCAAACAACUUGGAUGGGCCUGCUUUCGAAAAGUUUCAUCAAUUUGAUUUGAAUAAGGACUUCAAUCACAGCUUUUAUGCUGGAUUUAAUGGUACAGGUUUUUGUGAGGAAGGUGUGGUUCCUCAUAUAUAUAGCUACCUGCCAAGUGUCUGCCCUCCUCCUUCUGCUUUCUUAGGCCCAAAAUGUUCACUUUGGGACUGUCCAAGGCCUGUUCAAGGGUUGAACUGGUGUCAAGACUAUUGCAGUAGCUUUCAUGCUGCUCUAGCUUUAAGGGAGGGACCACCAGGCAUGGCCCCAGUUCUACGACCUGGGGGAAUUGGACUGAAGGAUAAUUUACUUUUUGCUGCACUUGGUGCAAAGGCACAAGGAAAAGUUGUGGGCAUUCCAGAAUGUGAGGGAGCAGCAACUACAAAAUCUCCAUGGAAUGCACCUGAGCUCUUUGAUCUUUCAGUUCUUGAGGGUGAGACUAUUAGGGAGUGGCUUUUCUUUGAUAAGCCGCGAAGAGCAUUUGAGAGUGGAAACAGAAAGCAGAGGUCAUUGCCGGAUUAUAGUGGGCGUGGAUGGCAUGAAUCUAGAAAGCAAGUGAUGAAUGAGUUUGGAGGGCUGAAGAGAUCCUAUUAUAUGGACCCGCAACCUCUGAACCAUUUUGAGUGGCACCUAUAUGAGUAUGAAAUUAGCAAGUGUGAUGCAUGUGCCUUAUAUCGGUUGGAACUGAAGCUUGUUGAUGGGAAGAAGAACUCCAAGGCAAAGAUAACAGGUGAUUCAGUUGCUGAUCUGCAGAAGCAGAUGGGAAGGCUUUCUGCCGAGUUUCAGUCUGAUAACAAACGAUCUAUCAAAGCCAGAGCCAAACAUAAUGCCAAUGGCAUAGGUGGUGGUUAUUCAGCUUCAAACAAAGUGACUCUACUAAAUGCACCAUAUGAAUACGGCUUAACUGCACCAUAUGACUAUCUUGUGGAGAACACAAGCGACUAUUAUGUGAUUUGAUUGAUCUUGAAGUGAUGUACAAGAUGCUGCAUUCAAGUUGCAAGUACUGGAAUACGAAUUUUGUCCUCCUCCUUCCUCUGAUUUGUCUUUUCACUUUUUCUCCUUAGGAACAAGAAGACAAGGUAAUUUUUUUCCCUUGUCGAGGCAUUGUCAAUAGCUCAUUCUCACAGGAGUGCUGCAUUAGAGGCGGCUGGUUAAGAGUUGUAACUUCCGAAGUACACCAACCCACAAAAAAAUACCGUAUACCCUUUGUUAUCAGCAUUUGGGUGAGUGCAAGAAUCUAGUGAGCAUUAUCAAAAUUGAACUAUUACUGAGGCACAAAUUUGCUGUAACUAAAGCUCGACUCUAUUUUCCAAAUAAUGCUAGAUACAGUCUGCAGGACAGACUACUUAAGGUACAUAAUAUUGGUUGUGUAAUAAAUGUUUCAGACCUUUUAUGAGCAAUUCAUCGGUAUCC